AUUGUCUCCUUAACCAUACUUUUAUUCCAAUUCCAAAUUAUGUUUUCAUUACCAAUAUGAAUAUUUAUGUUAUAUACUUUACAUACAAAUAAAUAAUACUAGAUGUAACGAUACGUAGAAGUGUGUAUCUCUCAAUAAGUCCUGUUGUAUAUAUGAAUCCUUUUAGAAUUAUAAAUUUAAAAAUCAGUCAUGAUUGAGGAAGAACUUAAUGCUUUAUCAGACUUGGCUUCAAUUCAUGCAGAUCCUCCGAUAAUGAGAGAUAUAUGCUCUAAGUGCCAUCGUCCUUCCACAGUUUGCUAUUGUAAAUGGAUACCAGUUCCACCUAUGUGCCCAAAAAGUAGUAUUAUACUGUUACAACACCCAGCAGAAGAAAAGAGGUGCCUUAGAACUGCCACUAUGUUACAAUUAGGUUUAGAUUCUUCAAAAUGCCUUGUAUUUAAGGGUAAACGCUUCCCAGGAAAGUAUAAUAUUCUGGAAGAUAUAUUAACUGCUUCAAAUACACUAUUGCUUUAUCCAAGCAAAACGGCUGUAGACAUUAGAGAAGUGCUGAAAGAAAAUUCUCAUAAGUUUUAUAAUAUAGUACUUAUAGAUGGUACUUGGCCACAAGCAAAAGCAAUAUACACAGGUAGUUCAAUUUUACAUAAUAUUAAACAAAUUAAGAUUCUUAAUAAUGAUACAAGUAAUUAUAUAAUUAGAACUCAGCCUACUGAUGGUUGUUUGAGUACUAUAGAAACAGCAGCUUUAACAUUGAGUCUCUUAGAAAAUGAUCAUAGCUACAGAGACAAGUUAUUGGAGCCUCUUAAAGCGAUGUGUGAGUUUCAGUUACAGAAUGGGGCUGUUUCACACCAAAGCAAGGAAUUUAGGAUUAAAAACAAUACAUAUCCUAAGCUGAUUGGGAAAAGGUUAAAUAGAGUAUUGAGAGAAGCAGAAAAUAUGUCUAAUAAUUGUGAUAAGGGUUCAUGAAAUUUUAUUAUAAAAUUGAAAAUUAUCUUAUAGACUUUUUUAUUAAAUAUUUAUGCAGUUU